AUGACAAUUGUGACUCUUCAUGUGUAUGAUCUGAGCCACGGCAUGGCGCGUCAACUCUCGCCUGCUCUUCUUGGUAAAACCAUUGACGGUGUCUGGCACACAGGUGUAUUCGUGUUUGGUCAAGAAUAUUUCUUUGGCGGUGGUGGUAUUCAGGCCAUGGCACCGGAACUAGUCGUGCAGCGCUACGGAAUGCAACCUGUGCGCACUAUCGUUUUGGGCGAGACGAGCUUGUCGCAGCAGCAGCUUGAGCAGUAUUUACGGGACAACAACUCGCGCUUCACGGACGCCACGUACGACCUGCUGCGUCACAAUUGUAAUAAUUUCUCGGACGAAGUUGCCAAGUUCCUUGUGGGUUCAGGUAUUCCACAAUACAUUAUCGACCUGCCAAAUGAAGCACUUAACUCACCGUUUGGAGCGAUGCUGAGACCGAUGCUGGAGAACAUGAACAACCAGAUGCAUGCUGCCCCAGGCGAUCAGCUCUUUUCGAUUCCAUUUAACGAUCCAUCGCGUGCUACUCUUAAUACCCCAGUACCAGCGACGACACCUGCUUCGAUGUCAAGUAAUACGGUAUCAAGUAACAUGGCGUCAAUGGCUUUGGCGUCGCGUCAUUUUAAAAUCUCUGGAACGCCAAAUCUUUAUCUAGCCAGCAUGGUGCAGCGAAUCAAAGUGCUCAACACGCAGCAAAUUUUGUCGGAUGACGAGAUUUCUGCACUUGAUGCGUUGUCGGCAUAUGUGUCAGCGGACAGCAAGGAACCUGACUUGAUCAAGAGUGAUGAAUGGUGGACUGUUGUCAGGAAGUUGAUUUGUCUAGGACAUGACACGGACAUUUUUUUCCCAGCGCUGGGUUUAUUUCGUGUACUGCUUUUGCAGCCUGCUAGCGUAUCCAAAGCUGUAGCAGAAAAGAAGGCGUGUUUUGAGGCUGUUGUGUGUGUUGCAGAGGCCCAACCUUCGCAGCUAUCGUCAGCCCAGAAAAUUCUAGUCUUGACGAAUUUGCUCAAUGCGUUUGCCAGCCCUGAAUUCAGUGACCUGGCGCUGUCGAGCUCGACACGUUUUCUGCCUUUUGUCUUUGACACGAUUGCUGACGUAUCGACGAGUCCAGAAGUGUGUGUGCUGAGCUCCCACAUCAUUAGCAACUGCUGCUUGGCAAUGAAAGUUGGUGACGAGAUUGUGAUCACUGCAAUCGUGGGUGGUGCAAUUGAGACACUUAAUCGAAUCUCAAGACAUCACUCUUCUUCCGUCCAGCAGCAAACGAUUGAAGGCAUAAUCAUCGGUCUCGGUCGUUUACUGUACAACUUUGAAACUGCUCGCAAUUUGUCAAUUGAUUUGGGUCUCGCAGAGGUAUUACGUCGUCUAAACGUUGCACCAGAACUUGGUGCUCUCCAAGCACUCUUGACGGAAGUCGUGGCCUUGAUUUAA